GGGGACAACAAAACAAAUAAACACACCAUCUUCUUCAUCACAAACAAAGAUAUUUCCCCUUAUCCCUAAUUUAGAAUCGCUUCCCCCCUUCGGCCGCAGGGAUAAGCCUUUCAUAUCACCGUCUAUACCACACCUGCCUACGUAAUUAUUGAUAUCAUACCGUCAUGGUGACCGCAACGGUGAGUAAGCCUUGGCUUGUCCAGAAGUACGGCGGGACCAGCCUGGGAAAACUACUGGACACGAUUUGCUGCAGCAUCAUUCCGCAGUACGCUAUAGGACAUGACCUCAUCGUCGUCUGCUCUGCCUUCUCGGGGACCAUGAAGGCGAGCGGGACGACCAGUCUGCUGAUACAAUGCAUAACUCUCGCGGAGCAAGGAAUCGACGCCCAGAAGAAGCUGAUUGACAUCGUGGACCUGAUCAAAGACAACCACUUGAAUGCGCUCAACACGUUUGCGAAUUCUUCGGCGCGGGCGUUCGGCCCCGAGGAGAUAUUCGAGGACACGGCGGCUAGCAUCAGAAGGGAGUGUGAGAGCCUCAAGAGGUUUCUCCUCGCUGCACAGAUUAUCGGCGAAUUGUCGCCACGGUCCAAAGACCGGGUUAUCUCCUUGGGCGAGAAGCUCGCGUGCAUGAUUGUUGCGGCUUGUCUGACUAGCACAGGCACACCAGCAAAGCCAGUUUUCCUAGAUAACAUAAUUGCAACGGCUUUCGGUAGCUCCGUUGACGAUCAAAUAACCGCACUGGAGAGGCUGGGACCAAAGUUCUACCAGGUAUUAUCCGGCCAGAUAGCGGACCGGAUACGAGAGUGCGGAAAUGCGAUCCCUAUCGUGACCGGUUUCUUCGGCAUAAUGCCCGACUCACUGCUACAAACGGUAGGAAGAGGGUACUCCGACCUCUGCGCAGCCAUGUGCGCGGUAGCAGUCGGAGCAGAAGAGCUGCAAGUAUGGAAAGAGGUCGAUGGGAUCUUCACGGCAGACCCGAGAAAAGUGCCCUCGGCUAGAUUAUUAUCGACCGUGACGGCCGAAGAAGCGACGGAGCUCACGUACUACGGGAGCGAGGUAAUCCACCCCCUGACAAUGGACCAAAUCCGCGACGCGCGCAUCCCCCUGCGCCUGAAGAACGUCUUCAAGCCGUCGGGGCAAGGGACCAUCGUAUACACCUCCUCGACCCGGGACGACUCGCCACCCCCCACCAGCCCCACCAUCAGCAGCAGCGUCCCGUCCCGCACAGCCACCCCACCCUCGAGCUUCAUGCUCAAGAACGGGUACCACGGCGCCGAGCAAGAGCGGCGCAAGCCCACCGCCGUGACCGUCAAAGACGACAUCCUCCUCCUCAACGUCGUCUGCAACCGCAACACCAAGUCGCAGGGGUUCCUGACGCAGGUGUUCGACCGCCUGGAGCGGCACAAGAUCCUCGUCGACCUCGUGACGACGAGCGAGCGCCACGUGAGCCUCGCCGUGCAGUCGCUGGCCCCGGGCGCCCUGCAGCGGCUGACGGAGGAGCUGGAGCGGUUCGGGCGCGUGGCCGUCGCGCCGAGCCGGAUGGCGAUCGUGACGGUCGUGGGCCACAAGAUGCGCAACAUGGUCGGCGUGUCGAACGAGAUACUGUCGGCGCUGGCGAAGGCGCAGAUAGGCAUCUAUCUGAUCAGCCAGGGCGCGAGCAAGAUCAACAUCUCGCUGGUGGUCGCGGCGGACCAUGCGCUCGCGGCGAUGAACGCGAUACACAGCGAGGUGCUGAAGAUCCCGACGCACAGGGAGCAGGAGAAUAGAUUUAUCCCGGGACCGUGGCUCUAUUAAAGUGCGUUUGCUUGCAUGAGUGCUUGCUUGUUUCACUUGCUUGCUUUUGCUUGCUCGCCCCCUCCUCGCACCACGCAGGUACCCGGCCGUC